CUCUCCAGUCCGCCCCGGUAUACGGCAUUCGUCCUCCGAGUGUAGCCCCCACAUCGACGUUAGGAAGUCUUUAUUGAAAAACUUUACCAAUUUUAACGCAGUAAUAAUCAGAAUAUGUUACUGAUUUCGCUCACCGCGGUCUUCGCGGUCCUAGUCGUGAAUAACGCUGAACCUGUCCCGAAUACCAAAGAUGAUGGUCCAAUUGCUGAACUGCCAGAGAACUGGGAUCAGACAAAAGAUGAUACUCAGUCGUUAUUUCUUAACAAGAGCGACAAAAAUGACCUCGAACCUUAUCCUCUUGCACUAAGUGAAGAAGGUAACUCUGAAGGGUAUGAACAAAACAUAGAACAACGUUUUGAGUCUCCGCAAUCAAAUGGAGAACUGGACAACCUUAUUAUGAGGCCAGAGUUAUAUGGAGAGCCUCCUGCUAUGGAGGGUCUUUCAGGUGGUUACGAAACCCGACGCCGAAAGCGUGGUAGUGGAAAAGUUGGUGGAGCAGGUGCUGCAACAAAAGCUGCUACUAAGUCUGGCUCAGGCAAAAAAAAUCUUAAGGCUAAUAAUGCACCGUCGCCCGUAGACUUUGUGAUGCAUGAAAGUGACAAUACUCGCCGUAAACGUGGUAGUGGAAAAGUUAGUGGAGCAGCAGCUACUGCUAAAACAGCUACCAAGAACUCUGGUGGAAAUAAAAAGAAUUUUAGGUCCGUUUCUGAACGCCGUAAAAGAGAUUCCGGUCUAAGUGGCGCAGAUCUUAGAAUGCUGCUCAAUUAUUGGGAAGCCCAAGAAAGAAGGAAACAAGAUUUACAUGCAAGUCGAAAUGCUGAAAUUCCGUAUUAUGGCAAUGUGAACACCUUAGAGUUAGGACAGCCAGAAGUAGAUGAAAUGGGUGACUAUUGGUUACGCGAUGAAGGUGCAUUGGAUCCACGAGACAGAGAUUACCCACGCCAAUCCUAUUUCUCCGAACAAAACCGAGCUGGCUAUCCCAUGGGCUUACCUGAAAUAUACCCGGUUGACUCUAACGAACUCCUGCAAAGAUAUGAAGAAGCACGGCGUAAGAGAAUGUAUGUAAAUAAGAUGAAACGUUUCAUGGUCGCUAGAAAACGCUCGGAUGUGCAUCAAGACAAUUACAGGCCUCGCGAUGAUCUUUACACUCUGGCGGAACUCCUGCGCUCUGCACCUCGCGUCCAGGAACAGGACAUACCAGUUUACCGCCGCCUAAUACUCUAAAAAUUUGAUCGAAGACUAGAUUCCAUUUACAACCUGGAAAUUAUUCUCACUUUUCAAAAUAGUAAAUAGCAGUAUGCCGAUUCUUUGUACAUUUCACCUUUGAAUUGUAUUGAAAACACCCCCUCUGUUUACUGGCAUAUGAAGAUAUAUAAGAUUCCGAAAAGGAUUGGAGUGACAGAUCGUCAUGCAUUUAUUUCGUAGUGUUUAGGAUAUAAUAAUAUAGAAUAAGUUUUCGAAACAUAGCAUAGAUUGUGUAUUUUAAUUUUGUUAUCUACUAUGAAAAUAAAUGGCCUAAAAUUACAAAUAUUUAUUCCAAAGCAUCUUUCUAUGAAAUUAAAAUUUCUACUUUGUAUCGAACGCUACAAAUUAUCUACUUUUCUACCUCGGUUUACCGCAUAUCUUGCUAUCACUUACACACGUUUUUACCAAAGAAAAAAAAAUUAAAUUAAAAUUAUUUCCAGUACUAAGUAUUAAUACAAUGUACUGCAUAGUGAAGUCAAACUUUACAUUUUAUCGUGCAAAACGUCUAGAAUUAGUUUUUAUGUAUACAUGGUAUAAACUUGCUGUAUUAAACUAGCAUUAAAUAUA